AUGUCCGCAUUAGACGCUUCUAAGCUUGAGAUUACCAAGACGACGACUCCUAAGGAGCCACUUGCCAAUGACAAAUUAGUGUUUGGUCAAUCAUUUACCGACCACAUUUUGGAGAUUGAUUGGACCAAGGAAGAAGGAUGGGGUACACCAAAGAUUACACCAUACCACAAUUUCCAAAUGGAUCCAGCAACAUGUGUUUUGCACUAUUCGUUUGAGUUGUUUGAGGGUAUGAAGGCAUACCGUGAUUCCCAAGGUAAGAUUCGUACAUUUAGACCUGACAAGAAUAUGGAAAGAAUGAACAGGACAGCCAAGAGGGCAUCGUUGCCUACAUUUGAUGGAGAGGAAUUUAUCAAGUUGCUUGACAAGUUUCUUGCGUUGGAGGAAAGAUUUGUUCCACAAGGCAAAGGUUACUCAUUGUACUUGAGACCAACUUUGAUUGGUACUUCUAUUGGUCUUGGAGUUUCUUCGCCAACUAAGGCUAAAUUGUAUUGUAUUGCUUCACCAGUGGGUCCAUACUUUGGUGCAGGAUUCAAGCCCGUAUCUCUUGAGGCUACUGAUUAUGCAGUGAGAGCAUGGCCAAAGGGUGUUGGUGCAUACAAGCUUGGUGCCAACUAUGUCUCUUGUAUUGAGCCGCAAUCUGAAGCUGCCAAGCGUGGCCACUCGCAAAAUUUGUGGCUUUUUGGUGAAGAGGGUGAAAUCACUGAGGUUGGUGCUAUGAAUGUGUUUUUUGCGUUUGAAAAUGAUGACAAGACAAAAGAGUUGGUUACUGCACCAUUAGAUGGAAUGAUUUUACCUGGUGUUACACGUGACUCUGCAAUUCAAUUAGCUCGUGCUAGAUUAGAUAGCAAGGAGUGGUCUGUUAGUGAGCGUAAAUUGACUAUUCAUGAAGUCAAAGAGCGUGCAGCAAAGGGGCAAUUGAUUGAGGCGUUUGGUACUGGUACUGCUGCUAUUGUUGCGCCAAUCAACAAUAUUGAGUUUAGAGGCGAGAAUAUUGAGGUGCCAUGUACAGCUGGAGGUUCUGGAGAGAUUGCUAAAAACAUUUGUGAAUGGAUACAAGAUAUCCAAUAUGGUGUUGAAGAGUUUGAGAACUGGUCCAGAGUCGCCAAUUAG